GGAAAUAGAAUGACAGGCGUUCUCGCGAGAGUUGCGUCGUUUUUCUCGGACCUGGAGUGAGCGGUGGGCCGCUGCUCGUGAAAGAGAGUGAGUAAGACCGAGGACGCGAGAGCGCGACCGGUUGGUCUGCGGGCUGCGACGGAACGCGCGGGUGUCAGUGUUUGUAUCUUUGGAGAAUCACAUGUGGAACAGAAAAUGGAAUAUAUGAGAGAGCACACUACACUUCACCAGGGGAACAUCUUAUGCUGCCAGUGUGGCAUUGCAAUCCCGCCAAACCCAGCCAACAUGUGUGUAGCCUGUUUAAGGACUCAAGUGGAUAUCACAGAGGGAAUCCCUAAACAAGUCACUAUUCAUUUCUGCAAACAAUGUGAAAGAUAUCUUCAGCCACCAGCAGCUUGGCUACAGUGUGCUUUGGAAUCAAGAGAACUUCUUUCAUUAUGCCUUAAAAAAAUUAAAGCUUCUCUUAGUAAGGUUCGGUUGAUUGAUGCAGGAUUUGUAUGGACUGAACCUCACUCCAAAAGACUUAAAGUCAAACUGACUAUACAAAAAGAGGUAAUGAAUGGUGCAAUUCUUCAGCAAGUCUUUGUAGUAGAGUAUAUUGUUCAGUCUCAAAUGUGUGAAGACUGCCAUCGAGUUGAAGCUAAGGACUUCUGGAAAGCAGUGGUUCAAGUUAGGCAGAAGACACUACAUAAAAAGACUUUCUAUUAUUUGGAGCAAUUAAUUUUAAAACACAGGCUUCACCAGAACACUCUUCGGAUCAAAGAGAUUCAUGAUGGUCUGGAUUUCUACUAUGCUUCCAAGCAGCAUGCUCAGAAAAUGGUGGACUUCCUUCAGUGUACUGUACCUUGUAGAAUUAAAUCAUCACAGCGUUUGAUUUCUCAUGACAUUCACAGCAAUACGUAUAAUUACAAAAGCACUUUCUCUGUUGAGAUUGUUCCAGUAUGUAAGGACAACGUUGUGUGUUUGUCACCAAAACUGGCUCAAAGCCUUGGUAAUAUGAGCCAGAUUUGCAUUUGUAUCCGGGUAACCAGUGCCAUUCACAUUAUUGAUCCAAAUACAUUGCAGAUUGCAGAAAUAGAUGGAAACACAUAUUGGCGCCAUCCUUUUAAUAGCUUGCUGCAUCCAAAGCAGUUGGAAGAAUUUAUUGUAAUGGAUAUCAGUAAGAUCUGUGAACAGAAGCAAGGUGCUGGUGCAGGCAUGAAAUCCAAUAAGCAUACCCUUGCAGAAGCCUGGGUUCAGAAAACAUCAGAGCUGAAUACAGACCAUCAGUAUUUCUGUCGUACUCACUUGGGGCAUCUUCUGAAUCCUGGGGAUUUUGUACUGGGCUUUGAUUUGGUUAAUUGUAAUCUGAAUGAUGAAUUUGCAAACAAGAUGAAUCCCCAUAGUGUUCCUGAUGUGGUUUUGAUUAAAAAAAGUUAUGACCGCACUAAGCGUCAACGUCGCAGAAACUGGAAACUGAAAGAAUUACAAAGAGACCGAGAUAACAUGGAUACAGAUGAUGAAAGACAGUACCAAGACUUCCUGGAAGAUCUAGAAGAAGAUGAAACAAUUAGAAAAAAUGUCAAUAUUUAUAAAAAUCCAGUCAUUCCAGUGGAAAGUGACAUAGAUGAUGAUAGUAUUCCCCAAAUCAGUCUCACUGAAAUGCUGGAAGACCUUCAGAUAUCUCAAGAUGCUACAGGUGGAGAAGGUGCUGAUAUGCUGAUGGAAUAAGUUAGGAGAUCUUGUUAACUGAAUUUUGUCCUCCCUUGAAAAAUAGUCAUUAAGAAAUCUGUUAUAGGCAUUCUUGACCUGCAAAGCCAAUAAUAUUGGUAAGAUUUGCAGGAGGUUAAGAAACAAAUGCUCCUGAAAGUUUUAAUGGUUAAUAAAAAGGAAAAUAUAGUAGAUUUAGGAUUUUUUAAAAUUAUGUAUCAAAUUGAUAUGUAUCUUACUGUAUAAAACAAUGCUUCAAUGAUUUCAAUAUCUGCAUUCAGGACCUUAGGGCUGUUAGUGUUGAAAGAUACUCCAGAUCAGCUUUAAGAAAAUUCAAAUAUAUUUUAAACUGGUCCUUUAGAUACAUCAUGUCUUACAGCCAGCAAAUGUAUGAAAUCUGAUUAAUUCAAAUUAGGAAGUGAAAAGUUUGUACUGAGAUUGCUUCAGAUUAUUUUAAAAUAUUUAAAUUGUUUAGAAUGUAGACCAAAUAGCUGGUUUAACAUAUUGCAGUAAGCUUUAAUGAGGUUUGAAUUAUUUUAGCUUAGUAUACUUUAUGAAUUCAUCUCUGGUGGAAGCACAAUGACAUCAAAAUGAUGUCCUAUGAGGCAUGAGAUUAUCAUGCAGAUGAUGCAAAGAGACAGAUUAUAAUUUAUGUAAUUCAUGCCAUUUGCGUUAUGACAUCAUGCUGCAUGAGAUGUCAUUUCUCUUCUCUCCCCAGCCAUUGUAAUUUAUAAGCCAUGUUUUAUGGUUUAGGACUAUAUGUGAAUUCAGCCAAUUUUAGUCAGUAAACCAUGGUUAAUUAAAUUUUGGUUUAGUGUGAUAUAUGAACCCAACAGUUAAGCAAAACAAAUAUCUUAGAAAUUUAUUUGUGUCCUUCACCUCUUUAGGAAUUCUGGGGGUUGAAAUCCAGAUAGAUAGAUAGAGAGUGCCCAGGCUGGAGAAAACUAUGCUAACUUCUCUAACAGGGUAUAAUUCUUCAGUCUUCUCUUGAGGUUAGAAAUAGGUUCAUGAAGUAAAAAGGAGCAUCAGUGCUACAGAUUUGAAAAAUACCUACUUUGUAAAAUAUUUUUUUAUUUGAGCAACAUAUUCUCAUUGGUGGAAGUUACAAAAGUAGACAUAAACCACAUACAUGCAUUUCUUAAAAGUAUACUGUAUUAAGUUCACAGCAUGUUCAUGGUAUAGAAAAGGCUAACUGCUUCUGAUCCUGCUUUUUUGAGAUGUCUUGUUAUCUGUUUUAGUUGAUCUUUGAAGAAUACCAAGGAAGUCUUUUUUUCUUAUUUCCAUAAGCUGAUUAUGCAUGCCUAGGCACAGCUUUUAGAAUACUAAUUCAUGACUACAUAUACUAAACUAUGCAGUGAGAUUUCACAACUACUUAUCUAAAAUGUAGGCAUGUAGAAAGGUGUGACACCUGUGUUUAUGAAAGCAGAAUGGAAAAAUCUAGGACUUUUCUUCUUGCUGAAUCAUUUAUUUUACAGAUGUGGCGUAAUUUUGGGAAACUAUCAUAAGGAGUCUGUACCAAUAAUUUUUUUCUGUUGCGUUUCAAGAUCUCUCUCUUCCUUGAGUUGAGGCAGUAUGGAAUAGUUUCUUAAUGAAAUGAUAAAAAACAAUGAACGUAAAAUAAAAUACACCAUAAAAUAAUUGAGAUACAAGAUUGGUGUAUAAUACAACAUUUCAGAGUAAUUAAAUAAAAAUGGCAUCAUUGCUGAAAGGGUUUUUAUAGUAAAAGUGCAUUUCUCAAUCCAUGUAAUGAUAUUUGGAGCUAUAGUAUUUAAAUCUCAUUACUUCCAUAAAAUUUCACUGUAAACAUUACUGGCACAGCAAGUGUUACAUCAAAGAAGCCUUAGCAAUUAUGCUGUUGAACUUGUAAACAUUGCUUCACUGUUUUAGUGAUAACUACCUUUCUCUAUUAAAAUAUCUCAAGAUCUAGCUAUUCAUCAAGUUGAUAAUGUGUUUCCAUUCCAUCUCCUAUCUUGUAAACUAUAAAUCAGAUGUCUAUAUUAUAUUGCUUCUGCAUCAUAAACAGUUGAGAAAUGUC